AUGCAAGCAGUCAUCAUCUAUCAGAGGGAUUGCUAUGCACAGCCAUAGAGAUGUGCACAGCUCAGAUAGGUCAAUCGUAAAAACAGCGCGAUUACGACUUGCGAGAGUGAAUACAUACCGGUAUUACGCAAUACCGGUAUUGGCUUUCUCACUCACUUGCGAUUGACUCUAUCUUGUCUCUUGAUUAAUCUCAAGACGGACGGACAAACGGCGCGGCGUGACGAUAAUAGGAGUCAGUGGUCACUGAGAAGGAGUUGAGACAGAAGAUCUCCCCCGACUUGAGAUGGACAUCAAUGACCUUCCUCCGGAACUGAUCACUUGUAUAUUCUGUAGACUACCAGGGAAGGACUUGGCCACAGUUGCCCAAACAUGCAAGCUAUUCCAUGAAGCUUCUCUGGUUGAGGCUAUCUGGCUAUUAAAAUGCAAAGAAGAGUUUGGUGUGAGUGCGGAGCUUCAGGGGCCAAAUGUGGAGUCUUAUCGACAGCUUUACACAGAGGUUCUCUAUCCGUAUGGACAUUUACUUGGUGUGUGGCAACCUCAGAUGGGUCCAUAUGGAGGAUUGGUGAAAAUUCAGAUAACAGGAGGAAUAAUCAAAGCCAUUCAAUACAUCACCCCUGUUGACCCUAAGGUCUUCUUACCCCUCCGAACCAAGGACUUGUUUCAGGUCCGACUUGACCCGCAGGAAGGCCUGGCUCACGUGGAAUGCCUAAAGGGGAAGAAUGGACCACAUAAACUACAAAUUAUGGCAAAUUCAUCAAAACCAGAGCCUGAAUUCACAGUCAAGUGUUGUAAACCAGAGAAACACAACUCAUCAGUUAGCCAGAGAGGAAGUAUACAAGAAUUUCGGGAUUGGAUUAUGGAAGAAAUUAAUGCUGAACCUGGUGAAUUUGUCAUUCAAAACUUUGACUUUCAUUUGGAUCUUUUAAAGAUGAAGUAUAUCAAGCUUAGGGAAUAUGAUUCAAUCUGUACCUUCAAGGGUUUGGAGCCACCCAAGGCCAUAGAUAAUAUGCCAAUCCAACCGGGAAUCUUCAAAGGAACGUAUGGAGGCCACGGCAUUGAGCUUAUAUACGUUACGUACGACGGCAAUCGAAUCAAAGGAAUUAAAAUCUCGGGAGACCCUAACGUGCCCGCAACAAAGGUCUCUUUGGAGGUCCAUCUGGAUGAGCCCAUGGUCCUGGACCUUGCCCAACAGGAGAGUAUAUUUGCUCUAGAGGAACUGGACCUGGAAGUUGUAAGGCCAUCAUCCGAUGAGAUCCAGACCUCGCAGCCCUUUCACCUUCCGUUCGAGGUUCAUGAUCGAGGGAUGACCCUCUUGGGUCAAGAAACAGGACUCAAUCUGGGAAGGUGCAAGCAGAGGUUUUAUGGUACAGGGUUAAUUGCCAUGUCUGGAUUCAGGGAUUCAGAGAGGACUCCUGCCCACUGCAUCAUAUUCAAUGAUGAUGUAAUGGCAUUCUUAUGGUUGAAGCUGAGGUCUGUUAGUAUAUAUAGCCGAGUGAAAGAGGACGUAUGGUCGUGACACCAUCUUUUCCAUCGGGCAUCAGGCAAUUCCUAGGUACUACAUGAGGUUUAUAUUGAUACAGGAAACUUUCAUCGGUUGGGGAUGAUCAAAUAAAAUAGUGUUAAAACUUCUACCAACCUCACCCAUAUUUAUGGCGAGCUUUCAUCCAAUCCUGUGAUCAGUCACACAAUGCUACCUGAAGUCUGUGUCUCAUAAUCACUAGACCAAAGAUGGGUGACAGUAGAUAUAUAGUCUCUUUUAUCUACUGAAUGGAGACCCUGGAUGUCUAUUUAUUUUAACACAAAUUUCUUGCACUUUUAUUUCCUAUUUAUGUAGCUUCAUUAGGAAGUGAAAAUACAGAACAGCUGAAUAUUCUCUAUAUGCAAAAGUAGCUUUUAUAUAUUGAAAUUUUCAAAAUAUGUCAUGAUUUUUUAACCAAUUUAUUAAAGGACAAGUCCACCCCAGAAAAAUAUUGAUUUGAAUAAAUAGAGAAAAAUCAAACAAGCAUUAUGCUGAAAAUUUCAUCAAAAUCGGAUGUAAAAUAAGAAAGUUAUGACAUUUUAAAGUUUUGCUUAUAAAACAAAACAGUGAUAUGCACAACUUAGUGACAUGCAAAUGAGACAGUCGAUGAUGUCCCUCACCCACUAUUUCUUGUUUUUUAUUGUUUGAAUUAUACAAUAUUUCAUUUUUUACAGAUUUGACAAUAAGGACCAACUUGAUUGAACCAUAUAGAAUUAAACAAUGCUAAUUGCACAUGUUCAUGGAGGAAUUAAUCUUUGUUUCACACGACAACAGGGAGAAUAUUUGAAUAUUUCAUAUAAUAAAAUACAAAAGAAAUAGUGAUGUCAUCAGUCUCCUCAUUUGCAUACCGACGAGGAUGUGAAUAUAACUGUUUUGUGAAAUUAAGAAAAACUUUGAAAUGUCAUAACUUUCUUAUUUUACAUCCGAUUUUGAUGAAAUUUUCAGUGUUAUGCUUGUUGGAUUUUUCUUUUUUUAUUCGAAUCAACUUUUUGUUGGGGUGGACUUGUCCUUUAAUUUGCAUUCCUGGAAAUUUGAGGCAGAAUUUAUUUCAAGGGAUUGUUUCACUUUGUGAGAAGCUGAUUUAAAACAUUCUCAAACUAAGAUGAAACAUGUGUAUGAGUGCCUGUAUUUGUCCUAAAAAAACCUUAAACAGACCACAAUAUACACUGUAGGAUGGAAAACUCUAAUUUAGACACAAGUAGCAAUUUAUUAGCCUGAUUUUUAGAACUGUCUGUAAGACGCAUUCAGCUUAUGCCCAGUUUUCUCAAAUUCAAAAAGUCUGUUGGCUGUGUUGACUGCCUUCUGCUGUGUGUAUCUCCUAUGCACACACUAUUAUUAACUGCACUGUACAUUCAGUGUAUACCUUGUACACACUGUAACUAGGUCAUGCUGGGUUCAUCUAGAGUUUAUAUGUUGUAGUGUACAGAUUCUCUGUAUACACAGUCAUUGAAACCAACCCCCAAUUAUUUUCUCACUUUGGUUUACGUCUCCAAAGUUUAAAAAUAGUUCUCUUGUAAAUAUGAUACUUUGAAACUUUUGGGAUGUUAUUUUUACACUAUAAGCCUAAUAUUUAGCCCAUUUUCAAGAACCAAAAUGAGAAUUUUUUUUAAUCAGAACAAAGUGAAAUGAUCAGUUUCAUUUGAGAGGUGUUGGCUUUACUUCAGACAUUUUCAUUGAUGUGUGUGAAGAAAUCUCUUUAUAUUUAUAGAUUGCUAAAAGUACAUGUUGUAUAUUUCAAAUCAUGUAAUUAAAGGCCGGGGGGUGACAAAAAUUUGCACCGGUAAAUUGCACAAAAUUCAUAUUUUUUUUAAAACAUGAAUCAAUUAUGCCAAUUUAUUCAUGAAAUCAUACUUUUUUCUCUUAUUCACUAGAUAAAGCUCUUAGAAAGUCAGUUUGUGGUGAAAAUAUUCUUUAUAGCAUUCCAAACAACUGUAAAGGGACAAAAUUCUGGUACCAAAAUCAAUUUCUUAUGUAUUUAGUUUUUUUCGACAAAAUACAUCUGGGACAUAGUUUUUCAGUCAUAAAUAGCUUGAAAACAAAUGACUGUUGUCAAUAAAAGUGAGAAUAAUCACAUAUUUAUGAAUUUUAGAUGAAACAUAUCUUGAAUUGACUUUAUACAUGAUAUAUACGUUUUUUGUGCGAGACUUGAAAGUAAAGUUAGCGAGCAGCACGGUCAGAAAAAACUUUCACGCAGCAAAAUGUCAAGGGGGAGUGGUUCGAGAACAUUCAAAACAUGUGAAUGGCUGUACACACAUUAACUGCCACACUGAAGGCGAUAUUUAGAUAACAAAAAUUAUUUAAUUCAUUCUCAGUGUGUAUGUAGAUUUUGCCACUUUAAAGGUGUUGAAGACUUUUUUCUUUUGAAAAACCAUACUUUAUAAUUCACUCCAAUUUGGAUCCAAUUUAGCCAAGUUCAUUCUUAUGUAAGACUCAGAUCUAGGUUGUAUGAAAUUUAAUUAGGAAUAAAGAGCAGUUUCAAUUUUGGUAAAAUGCAUUUGAUCAGGUAAGGUAUAUGUUUUGUAUGAUAUUCAUUUAAAUUGAACUCAAUUCAGUUAACAAUUCAUUAUUAUUGCCACUAUAAGAGUUCCAAAUGGCGUCCGUCCUCCAUCUGUUCGUCAUCCGUCCAUGUAUUUUCAAAAGUAAAUACCUUAUUGAUGUCCCCCUCCCCCCCCCCCCCCCCCCCUUACCAUGAAGUAGGGAGUAGAUCCAGGAUUUUCUAGGGGGCAUUUUUGCAGAUAAUAAUUUUGAGAAGCAUUAAAAAAACACACAAAAAUGUCUUCACUCAAGAAUGAAGGUGAUUUAUGUCACAAAAAUUUAAGGAAAAAAUAAAGUAUUCACUUUCCUAUGCAAAACAUUUAUAUAUUGCUAACUGGAUCCGCCACUGCAAGAAGUGAAAAAUUCUUGAGGGUUAUGUAUAGUGCCUGCCUCCACAAGCAAUGUAAGCAAGACACUUUUUAUUUUUUUCAUUUAGGGGUUUACUACCAUAGGGGUGAUAUUUCCUUCUGUUUAAAAAAAUGUAGAUAAAGUUGAGAAAACCCCUCAAAAUGUUUUGCAAUAAUCAGUCAAGAAUUAGCAAUUGUGAUGUGUGUUGAAGGGGAAGAUCAUCCUGAUGAAAAGUUAAUUGUAAAAAUGAAAAUAUGAUGAAACUUAUCACUGAAGGUUUGAAAAAAAUGCAUCAAAGUUACUAGAAUUCAAAUUUUUGGAUUUGUGAUGAUAUAUGUAAGCAGCUUCCACAUAUAUAGUUUAGUAAAAAAAUAAUAAUAAAAUGUCAUUCUGUAUAAAAUUGAAAAUAUUUUUUUUGUACCUUCUGUAUAUCAACAGACAAUUUAUAUCACUUCUGCUCCUGAUAGAAAAAAAAUAGUCAUGGACCAUUGACAAAUUAAAAUUUAUGCUUUUUUAUUACACAGCAUAUGGGGCAGCUGCUCAUAUGACAUUACAAAUCAAAAACUUAAAAUUUUAAUAACUUUCUUAAUCUGUGAUGGAUUUUCCUCAAACCAUCACCAAUAUUUCUAUUAUUUUCCAUGGUAUUUUACAACAAACUUUUUGUCAGGGUGAACUUUCCCUUUUGAAGGCCAAGUAAAGGCAAGGAUGUGUCUUACAAAACCCCUUUCCAAUGUACAGGAAAUCUUUAUAAAUGUUUAUACUUCAUUGCAAUAUUUUACUGUGUAUAGAGAAGUAAGAAUAGAAAAGAUUAUGAAUUAUAAUUUGUUAUUAUUCA